UAUCGCUGAUGACCGACAUUUACAUUUCACAUGACUUUUCUCACAGUCAACAUUUCCGAAUUCAACGCAUUAUUAUUUUAAGUUCCGAUGUAGACACAUUUGAAAUUUAAGGUAUUUGUUAAAAAAAUUGUAUAUACACACAUAAAGUACAAUCGCAGGUGAACAACAACAAAAGCAGUCCAUACAAUGAACACCACAAGUCAUCGUCUCAAAUUGCUGCUGGGCAUUGCGCUGCUGACGAGAGUGGUAGCUCAUUAACUGCACUACAGCGACAACACCAGUAAAUGAUCUGUCCACCCAACGUGAACAAUUGCUGACCACAAUGAUUGAGGAGUAUCUCAAGCUCACCGACUUCGAGUUGCAGCAAAGCAGACGUUUGGUGCAAAACGUGCUCGCCGAUGAAGAGGUGGCGCAGAUGCAGAGUGAACUCAUGAAGGCUGAGCGUCGCAUAAUGGAGAACUUCGUGCGUCAGGUGAUGGACAAAGAGCAAGAGGAACCGCCAGCGCGUAACAACACAGCGAAUCGCUUGUUUUAUUUAAUUGCCAAGUCAUUGAUUUAUCAGGAAUUCGAGGCGAUUCUACGCCGCCAUGACACCACAAAUCCACGACGUCAGUUUAGUGCGGAAAACUAUUUGAUUGAACGUGCGCUGAAGCGAAACGGCUUGGAUGGCAUGCAGCGCCAGGUGACGCGAGAGCAAAUUAAGUUUAUGAAUGAUUUUGUGCGUGAGGUGGACGCUUAUCUGGCUCAAUUGACGCCAGCACAGCGGCGAGAUGAUGGAGUGGAGGUGGAAAAGAUGUUGGAGUGGUCGGCGAAAAUGAAGGCGGAGCGAGAUGUGACACUGCGUAUGGAGACGUUUAAGGAAUUUAUGAGAUUCUUUGUGAAGUUUUAAAAGUGUUUUUGUUGGGUGUGCACCUGUGCGGUGGAAAAAAUAAAGGAUUUGCGGUUAAUAUACUUUCA